CAAGGCUCGAGGCUCCAAUUCCGCCCAUUUGCCCAGUUGUCUGAGAGAGAGACUCAUGCUCCUCCUCUCUUCCCAGGAACUCCCUCUCACCACACCCGACUUCCUCUCUGUGUAUCCCCUCAAAAAAACAAUCCCGUUUCUUCUCUUCCCUUCCUUUCCCCCUUCUUCCUUCUGUACCCCCCCCUCUUCUACCACCUCUCUGCCCUGAAUCCUGACGUUCCCCCGAAACCCCCCAACUCAUCCCAUCGGCGUGCCCCCUUUUUUGUUUUGAACUGCCCCAAAAAAGAUUUCACGAUAUUCCAAAGUUUCCUUGACUCUCAGGGUCCUUGCUAGGCGUGGUCUCCAAUAUCCGAUUGCCCCGGUCUAUCGAUUGCCUCCCGAACACACCUCGCUUUAUCCCUCGGCUGUUCUGGGUUCCUGUCGUUUUCUCUCCUUUCUGCUUCCUGCUCAUCCGUCCCUACGAAACCGAAGAAAAACACACAAACUACUGUGCCCUUAUCUCCUUUCCUGUUUUGUUUCUUUUGUGAACCGAAUACUCGAAGAGACAACGCUCUUCAUACUACACACACCCGACGAACGAGACGAGCUCGCCUGGCUGAUUCGGUGCCAUCAUACACCGCAUACCUACCCGACGAUUACUUCGCUGCGAAACCGAGCCGGAAUACGAGUGCCUGAAAUCCCCAUGUUCUUGGCCGACUGCUAGCUCUGCUCCGAGGUGUCUCUGUGACACUUGGUCUACUAUCCCGUCGACCUGCACCCUUACUCUCCAGAAGGACUGUUUCGCGGUAAUAGCGAAAUACCUUAUCCCCCCCCCCCCCCAAAAGACGAAUAUCUCGUCUUCCUUCUGGCCGCAGGCGACCUUCCGAUUCUACAAUCACUACUUGAUUCUAAACGCUGCUUCCGUGUUUCACGUCGCAGAACCCACAACAAAGCGAAUAGCUUGGACAUCUUGCUUUCCCCUGCGGUCGAAUUGAAAAAAGUGUAGACCAUUUCCAUCCAGCAAAUUGCUGACCAGCACGUCAUCCACGACAUCCCGGCGUCCUAUCCUGGGUCUUGGUUGAACUUGAGCAAGUCGUGAGACUAAGCGACUGGCAAAGGGGCAUUCGAUCGGCACUUCUCUGUCGUUGGCGGGUGCUUGGAACAUGGCCGCGUUGGUUCAAACGUAUCCUCAGCAGACCAGCACUGUCACCACCCUCGAGUCGAGAUCCUCCGGCAACAUGAUGCCCGCACAAGCACAGGCCAACCAGCAAUACAUGGCCGCCCAGCAAGCACAGAGAAACUUUUCUGGCGCCGGCGUGUAUCGCGGGAGCAACGCCCCCCAGCCGUAUGCCUUCACCACCACCCCGAGCCUGAACACCAACGGCCAGUGGCAACAGUACGGUAACGGACACCGCACGGCGUCUUCUCCCGCCGUUCCGACGCAGGGCAUGAUCCAUGGACAUGAUGCCAGCCGGUCGCGCCAUGCCGGAACCGCGUCAAUGUCCAACAUUGCCUACAACACCCACGGCAUGGGAACUAGCAAAGGUGGAUCGAGGGACGACUCGGCGAUUCCUGCAGCCCGCACAAAUCUCCAGGCCCAAAGGCCACAGUCGGCGUAUUUGGCAGGCAGCACAACACCACAGCAGAUUACGCUCGCUCAGGCCCCGGGGACUAAGACCACGCCUGAUAGGUACCGGCGCCCGGCUCUCCAACACCAGCAGCAGCAGCAGCAGCAGCAACAACAACAACCUCGCCAAACUAGUGCUCCGUCGGGCUCAGGCAUGGCGACCGUUAGUCAUCUGUACAAUCCCCCCGAACAGAAGAGCGUGUCAGUGCGAGGCCGAACGCCUUCUUACCAGGGCAGGCCAAUCAGCUACUACGGUGCGGCCGACGACAUGCAACUGAAUCGGCAGCAAACCGAUGACGGCAAGCGAAUGAGGCGGCGCAGCAUGCACUCGCUGGAUUCCGCCGAAUAUCCCAAGCCGCUAACCCCACAGCAAUUCCCUCGCUCGGAAGAAUCCACCCGUCCCGACCGUGGUCCAACAACAACUCCCAAAAACAACGAAAAGACGCUCCGCAUUGUUUCCACCCUAGCACCUCCUGCCGACAACAACAUGCAUGCCCAUAAUGGCAGCGCCGAAAGCCUCGCAUCGAGCCGAAGCAGUCAUUCACGUCCAUCUUCGUCUGCCACCCGCGGCGUACCCACCCCCACGGCCAACCCCUCUUCCUUCUCAACUCCCUCCAGCCCAGAUGACGGCUCAUCGAAACAAGAUUAUCCCAAACUUGUGAACAUCCCGCCACGAAGUUCAUCAUCAGAUGCGGCUAAAAGGCAGUCUACGCCCUCUCCCCUCUCCAAGCCGGUGACCAUGGCGACCGACUCGAGCCCUCAAAAAUCACCCUCCUCUCUGGGCGACGCCCCGCAACAGCCUUCGUCUCAAAGCACGUCUGCCUCCAACGCUGCCAACACGAGCAGCCCGGCCGCCCAACAUCUGGCUGCGAUUAACCAAAAGAACACAAAGUCGAAGAGCAAGACAUCCCGACUGCGCAGGGCCUUUUCGUUUGGCAGCGCUGCCGACUUCAAGAAGGCCGCCGGCACUGAUGUCACCACACCUCUCGACGUCAACAACAACGCCGCCGACCCGUCCCGAUUGCACAAGGACCCGACGACUGACGAGAUUUACGAUGCCGAACAGGCCGCCAUCGCCAGGAAGCAGGAGGAGGGAGGAAUCGGAAACAACAUUUACGGUGGACGCCUCUUCUCCAGCUCGACGGACAACCUGUCAAUUUCGUCGACUGCCUCGUCUGCUUCCAUCAUGAUCCGUAAGAUGGGUCGUGGCAUGAAGAAGAGCACGCGAAACCUCGUUGGCCUGUUCAGACCCAAAUCCGUCAUUGGUGUCCCGGCCGCCGACGCGCUGGCUCCGGAAGCCAGCCAGGCUGCCGUAUCCAUGAUCACCGUCGAGGCUGAAAGGGUCAACGUCAACGCUGAUCCCCGUACGCAGAACGGUGGCGGCACUGGGUUCCCCCACCUGGAACGAAACUCGCUCGACAUCUCCAACACCCCCAGCAUGGUGUCGGAACGCGCCGGAAGUUCUGGCGCCGAUAGCGCCCGGAAGAGCAUUGUCGGCAGCGACAAGGAGCGGGCCGAGGUGCUUGCGUCCGUCAGGAAGGGUAUCCUGAAGCACAACAACAAUAACAACCGAUCGACCAGUCCCGCUCGUGACCGCGGUCCCAACUUUGAGCUCCCCGCGAUCCCCCACAUGGCCGACUCGCCCAUUUCGACGGCCCCGAGUACGCCCAACGACGAUGCACAAGGCCACAAGCGAUCCGGAUCUGUUGCCAUCGGCACCGAGGACUACUUCAUGACGGCUCUCAGGCUCCGUCAAGACACCAAGAGCGCCCCCGGAACGCCGUCGGGGUCGACAAAGAGAAGCGCGACCUUCUCGCCGAGGAUCAUUUUCCAUGACACAUGGCCCAGCGGCGAGUACGAUCGCAGGGGCGAAAUCGCAGCCUGCAACCGCUUGACGCCCAUGUUGGCCCAGCAGAUCAAGGAAGAGCUCAACACGUUCAAGAUGGAAAUGGAAGUCCACGAAACCUCCAAGAUUUAUACGCACUUCUUCUAACGAUGGCUACGCCUGCAAAACGGAAUCUUCCCACCUUUGCUUCUUGAUGAUGGGCACCGACGCCCAAUCAUGUAUUUGAACCACAUUUACCAUCCAACGGCGUUCAGGAACAGCAUCGUACGGUGUCAGGGCGUUUACUUGAUUAGCAUUUUCUUGCCCGGCUGAGAAGCCUUUUUUUUUCGGCCGCCCAUUGUCGAUUAAUUCUCUUAUUUCCUCUUUUACAACGGGCAGGUUGGCACACGAUGACGGCGGCCGGACUAACGGGGUGGUCUUGAGUGGCCUGGCCAGUCAGUGCAGAAAACAGGCCGAGAAAAGGCCUGUUUCCAUUCAAACAGCCAUCACACGGAUCUCGAGGACGCGACGGUGGUAAUGACUUGUGGCCUCGAACCGUCGGACGCAUUCUUUGUUAUCAGAUGGGCCCAGGCCCUCUUUGACGGACAUGAUGCAUACAAACUGUGGAGGUCUCGCGGUUCUCGCACUCAGGACUCGGUCAAGGUUUAUUGUGUCGGUAUUUGCUUUGUCACAGGGGUGGUCAAAUGACUUUUCUUUAUCUGUCGGUUCUAUUCCAGUUACAUGGUCGCCUUCUAGUUCGUGGGGUUAAGAGGAGGCAGAAUAGAGUGUGUGGCUUUUUUUUUCCCCAUCCCAAAACAGUGUCUUUAGUCUCAGCGAGGUCUCGAUGCUGGUAUCGACCACUCCAGCGAAUUGAAAUCGUUUCAGAGCGGAUUGAACCCGGAUGGAAUAGGAAGGCCUUUCCCCCUUUUUCGCAUGUGAAAGCUACUCUGCAUUCACCGCUGUGGCC